UGUCGAACGAGGUUCAGUCGUCGUGUCUUGGCAGUUGGCAAGGCUGUCGGGCUAAAUGAGCAUCGCCACUUGGGCGCGGGACGAGGGGAUAAUAAAACCGGGAAAUCCCCGUGUUGAUGCUGGAAGACAGCUUGACAACUACUCGUAUACAUUGGAAGAUCGAUAAUUCAACAGAGACCCCAAAUCACCUGACUCCGCUUGUUCUUCUCCUCAUUUCCCCGUCUUUCUCCUUCUCCUCUUCCCUUCGCCAGUCUACUCCGUCCGGGGUAGAGAUAUUCGUGCCAAUGCCAAUUGCUUGGCUCCGCAACUUCUUCUCCCGGUUUUCGGACCUUCGUCGCCAACGGAAACGUCCUCGAUCGCACAGCCAGCGAGUGCGAGACCGCGAGCGAGAACUGCGGCGGCGACGGGAGGGUCCGACCAAGUUCAAUAAUCGCGGCGGGAAUAUCGUUGUCGUGUGGAGUUGAAUCCUUUUAUUGCAUUCAGUUAUUCUCAGUUUUUCGUGAGCAUCUGGGGUUGUUUGGACCAGUCUUAGUCAUUGCAUUCAACUGGGGUUGGACCGCUGAAGGGAUGGUGGGUACGCUCGCUCUUUAUUUAUCUCUAACUCUAUCGCCGAUCUUGGAGAACUCCGUGUUA